AUGCCAAUCUCAGCCGCCGCUGUGAACAGCGACGAAGCUGGAGUUGUGGAUUACGAGUUCAUCGACAACGACUCCAACGAUUCCAAUGAUGUGUCCUCACAUCGAUACCAGGUUUAUGUGAUUGGUGAGGAAGGCUUGAGCUUGCUGGAUAUCAAUACAUUGGUGGACCAGUAUGUAACACUCUGUGUACGUGAAAACCCUGGAUGUCUAUCAUUGCAACAAAUCGUGAUGCUGUCACUCAUCUCAAAGAUGCUCAGGAAUGGGCAGGUGGACCGUGGUGGUUCUAUGGUUGGCGUUAUCCGUGGAUCUAUUCAACGUGAGCUGCUGGUUGUGGGAAACCCCUCAACAUUUAUGAUGGACUACUUAGCAAAUGAAUUAGAUACUGAUAUUCUGUUUGGACAAAAUGGUGGUUACAAAACUUUUCUUGUUCUCUCAGGUGUCACGACUUUAUCAUUGCUUCAGACCUAA